AUGUCCCUCUUCGGGACUUCGCCGGAUGAACCGGCAUUUGGAAACUCACAAUCAAACCUCCGCUCUUCAAUCUUCGGCGACGAGCCGGCGUCUGGGACCAGCUCGUCAUUAUUUGCAGACGAGGACACAACCAUUGGCGCUGCACCAUGGGGCAUUCCAACGCCAAAAAAGGCUGCACGAGCUGAGCUCGUGAAGACACUCUUGCCCGCCGCAGAAGUGCCUGAGAGCUACAUUGACACCUUCGACCAGCUACUAGAGAACGGUGAAUGUGUUGGAGCAGGGAUCAGCUUGACUGGAGUCAAGAAGAUACUUGAAAGUAGUGGGCUUGCCGCUUCGACGCAGGCUCGGAUACUUAACAUUGUUGUACCAGGGGGCCAGGAGACGGCAUCCGGGCUAGGACGAGGAGAAUUCAAUGUUUUGCUUGCUCUGAUUGCUAUAGCUCAAGAGAAUGAAGAUGAAGAUGUCACUCUGGACAGUGUGGAUGAGCGACGGAAGAACCUUCCAGAGCCUGCUAUAUCUAUUUUACAACAAGUUAAAGCUUCUAAAGCUUCCGGCGUACAAGGACCUGUCCAACCACAACAUUCGCGACCCGUUACUCCGCCUUCCAAACCUUCUGGCCCUCUGGAAACUCCGCCGGCGGAACGGCGCGCUUCAGCUCAGAGAGCCUCAUCCUUUCCCGAAUCCGAUCCUUGGGCGAGCCCUGGACUACACAGGGACCAUUCUCAUGUCACAGAUACUAUUGAUCCCAAUAGCUCGAGGGAAGUUGGUAAUGGAGCUGCGGAGCCUUCCGGGGCGGAGAGGGCUCUUCGUUCAGAGGUAGAAGAAGAGAACACGCCUGGUGCAAACGGUACCAGCCGAGGCAAUACAUUGCGCUCCAGUGGUGGGUGGGGUCCUAACUCCGAAGACCCUUCAGAAAAUACGUUUGCCGACCCUGGAUCCGGGGCACUGGGUGGCGGAGGCUUCGGUGCCACUAUCCCGCGCAUUGAUGCCAAUCCCAACUCCGAAACAUUAGGAAGGUCGCUUGGAGGAGGCAAGGUUUACUCUGGCGGGGUCCAAGAAACCGUUACCAUUGAACUGCUUCCGGAGAAGGAGGGCAUGUUCAUGUUCCGACAUCGCAACUAUCAAGUCUCGAGUGUACGGCGCAAUACCAAAGUCAUUCGACGAUAUAGUGACUUUGUUUGGCUUCUCGAUUGCCUCCAGAAACGUUAUCCAUUCCGUCAGCUACCUCUGCUCCCGCCAAAGAAGAUUGUUGUGAACGGCAAUCAUAUAUUGUCCGAUAUAUCUUUCUUGGAGAAGCGCCGUCGUGGGCUUGUUCGCUUUACAAAUGCUCUGAUCCAACACCCGGUUCUUUCUCAGGAGCAACUGGUUAUAAUGUUCCUUACAGUUCCUACGGAGCUCACCGUGUGGCGCAAGCAAGCUACAAUAUCGAUCCAGGAAGAAUUCAUUGGCAAAGUGCUACCCCCGGAACUUGAGGAUUCGCUUCCCGCUACGCUUAUGGAGACAUUUGAUACCGUUCGUUCAGGAGUCCGCCGUUCGGCAGAGAUUUAUAUCAAUCUCUGCACUUUACUUGAGCGUCUGAUUCGGAGAAACGAGGGCAUUGCCGCCGACUGCUUGCGUUUCUCGCUUGCUCUGCGAUCGUUGUCUGAGGCGUCAUCUAGUACAUAUGCGAUCGACACCAACGAUGUUCCGCUUCUCAACGAGGGAAUAAAAUCGACCGCUAAACAUUUGUCCGCGAGUCAGAGCCUGCUUGAAGACGAGGGCAGGGCGUGGGAUGAGGGAGUGCUUGAGGAUUUGAAGAGGCAACGAGACGGACUCGUUAGCAUGCGAGACAUGUUUGACCGUCGGGACAGAUAUGCAAAGGACAAUAUACCCACUCUUGAGCGUCGUAUUCAAAACAACGAAAGUAGAUUGAUAGCACUGAGGAACAAACCGGAUCGAAAGCCCGGUGAGCUAGAAAGAGUGGAGGAUGCUAUUGUCAGGGACAAGCAAUCCAUCAUUGACCAGCACGCUAGAGGAGUCUUUAUAAAGGAGUGUAUUCGUGAUGAGAUCUUCUAUUUCCAAAGAUCGCAAUAUCACGUCAGUCGCCUUCACCAAGACUGGAGCCAGGAGCGCGUUAAAUAUACCGAGCUGCAGGCCGACAAUUGGCGAAGUCUCAGCGAUGAGCUCGAGGGCAUGCCUGUGGGGGAGUGA